AUGGCACGACACGAUUUGAAUCGGACUCCAUACACAGAGUAUGGGUUCCCGCUUACCAUGGCUGCUGUCCCCACAAUUCAGACAUCUUCCAACUUGUCCUCAUUGUUUGCUGAUGGCAAUGCUGAGAUGGCCCAAGGUGAUCUGGUGCACGAAGCACCUCGACCUCCGUCUCCUGUCUGUGCAGACCAGAAUGGACACCCAAUACGGACAAAUCGUGGUGUCCUACCGAGUCGAUAUGUCGAUUACCUUCUGGAGGGUGCUACUCCCUUCCUCGACGAGCUGCCCCUCCCAAGCUCCCCAGUUCUGGAUAACCAUGGAUUACCACCUACGCCAGACCCUUGGCUCUGGCGAGUCUGCACCAAACCAAACACCUUUGGCCUCCUGCGUGAAUAUCUGGGUGAGCUCCCACUGCGGGAUCCUGAUGACAAAAUUCCCCUGGAUGACCUCCUUGCAUUCUCAGGAGGCUCGACGUCCAGUAAUGAAUUGCCAACUCCUGCCGGCAACCCUUAUGCACCAUACCCCAAUCGUAAUGCAUUUAGAAUUGGAGAAUGGUACUGGACGCAACCUCAGAAGUCGCAGUCGGAUUUUUGCAGCCUUGUGCAUAUUCUAACAUCAGAAGGUUUCAACAGUCACAACCUGGUUGGGGUGAAUUGGCAAAAAAUUGAUCGCAUUACCGGCAGUAGCUCCACAGAGGAAUUUGAUACCUCGGAUGGAUGGCGCACCACUACAGUCAACAUUCAGCUUCUGGCAGCGAAAAGGGGCACCCCAUCUUACACCUUCCCCAUUCCUCAAGUCUUCCACAAAUCACUGUCCGCGAUUAUCAAGAACACCUUUGAAUCGCCAAGAUCUCUGAAAUACCAUUAUGCUCCACAUCAUCUUAUAUGGCAACCCAACUCUUCAACACCUGGCGAGAAAGUCUUCAGAGAGCUAUACAAUUCCCUGGCCUUUAUUGAUGCUCAUCUUGAACUACAGAAGUCAAGUCCCAACCCUGAAUGCUCCCUACCACGGAACAUUGCUGCUCUCAUGCUCUGGUCUGACUCAACACACCUUACAGACUUUGGCACUGCCUCCUUGUGGCCUAUUUACCUGCAAUUCAGUAAUGAGUCAAAGUAUUCACGUGGUCGGCCGUCCUCCAAGUUGUUCAUCCACCUCACCUACAUUCCUACCAUGUGUUUUUCUCCCUUUCGUGCCGGUCCGAGGCUGAUUAUGAGCACUCGCGUUGAAGAGCUUCUCAAGCUGCAGUCAUUAGUACCCACAGAAAAUGCAUUCUCUGCACGUCUUGGUGAUCUCGGCCUCCAAUACCACAAGAUGUUUGUUCCUGAUGCUCUUCAUGAGUGGUCAUUGGGUGUCAUAAAGCAAUCCGUCAUUCAUUUAUUGCAAAUUCUUCAGGCUCACAACAAGACUGCCCACAUCAAAACUGCAAUUGUGGAAUUUGAUGCUUGUUUCAACCAGGUUACCCCUUUCAGGCAAGACACUAUUCAAUACUUCGGCCAAAAUGUAUCAGAAUUGAAGAAGUUUGCUGCUCGGAAUUACGACAACGUUCUCCAGUGCAUUAUCCCUGCUAUGGAAGGCCUCCUUCCUGAACCUCACAAUACACUCAUUCAAGAUUGGUUAUUUCUAAUGGCAUAUGCACAUGCCCUGUCCAAACUUCAGAUGCAUACGGAAUCAACACGUCAGUUGCUGCACACCAUCACCAUCGAGUUUGGUAAAAUGACGCGCAAGUUCAAACGGGCUUGCCAAUCAGUCCAAAUUCAAGUUGGGGCCAACAUUGAGCCAGGAAUCAAUUCUGAAGCGACCAGCCACAUCUUGAGCAGUACAGUCACCUCAGCCUACAAACCUAUAAAUUUCAUUUGCACCCAAAUGGGAGAGGUCGAGCAUCGCCGAUCGAAAAGCGGGCGUUUCGAUCAAACUAGCAAGAAGAAAUAUGAAGAACAACUGGCCAGCAUGGAUGUGUGUGACCAAUGCCUCACACAGAUUGCCUAUACAGAGGGGCUCCACAAGGCUGCAGCAAAUUCCCUUCAACACAAAGACUCCGAGCAAGAUGCCACCGAGGACCUAAGCAUCCACCAUGUUAUUGGAGCAAGCCAGAAGAUGUAUGUCCAUGUCAGACCAUGGCUUCGUGAACGCACUCAUGAUCAUGCUGUAAAGGAUUUUUUGCCAAGGCUCAAGGAUCAUCUCCUCGCCCGCAUUGAUCAACGCCCGCAUGGUGGCGACCAGCUUGUCUACUCCGACACAGAGCAUGAAAACCUGGAAAUCAAGCAUGACCGAAUGUAUACACACCAAACAUGUCGGAUCAACUACACAACUUAUGAUGUGCGACGUGAUCAAGAUCUUGUCAAGGCGUCAGGCCCUCGUCAAGAUAUUAUGGUUCCAGUGGGCUCUUCAGGCAAUGAAUACUCAUACACCCGCAUUCUCAGCAUCUUUCAUGUGAAUGUUAUUGAUCUUUGUCUGCCUGCAGGGUCUAAAUUACCAGCUGAAAGGCUGGAAUUUCUCUUUGUGCGCUGGUUUGGCAAAGAACCUGGCUGGGAUUCUGGUUUCACAAAGCGCCGUCUACCUCGCAUUGGGUUUGUCCAUGAAAGUGAACCAAAUGUGUUCAGUUUCGUUGACCCAUCAAACGUGAUCCAUGCUGUCCAUCUAAUACCAGUGUUUGUUGAUGGGCACAUUAGCUCACUCUUGACAUAUUCGCGACUGGCUCAGGAAGAGGAUCAGGACGAUUGGCAUGCAUUCUACGUGAAUUGGUUUGCAGACAGGGAUCUGCUUAUGCGCUUUGUUGGUGGUGGGGUUGGUCACCAUGGCUCCAACAGUGUGAAGAGCACAUCAUUCCCUCCAAUUGAGAUUGAGCAGCCUGAGGAUGUGGAAUCAGGCAGCCGUGGGGAGGGUACACAAAGUGGGCCAGAGAUCGGGUCAGAUGAUGAAGAAGGCGACGCCGACGCACUAGGUGACUUAUAA